AUGGCCAUGCUUGCCGCAAAGUCUCCGUAUCCCGCACCCUCCAUGAGUGGCAGCGCUGCACAAUCUUCGGCCCAGUACAAUGCCGGCCUCUCCAGUUACCGCAACCAUGCAUCAAACACCCGAGCCGAGCAGUCAAUGUUUGCUUCUCCCACCGAGUCAGAGUUCUCCGAAAUAUAUGAUGCCCCCGACGCCAUCAGACAUUGGGACGAGGACAAGGUUGGCGACUGGCUGAAGCGUAUCAACUGCGCCCAGUAUGUCGACCUAUUCAAGCACAACCACAUCAACGGCGAGAACUUGAUGGAGAUGGACCAGACCCAUCUGAAAGACAUGGGCAUCAAGAAAGUCGGCGACCGCGUCCGCAUCGGCUCACAGGCAAAGCAAUUGCGCAACAAGGAGUACAAGAAGGCCUCAAGAAGGACAUCAAACAGGCAAUCGCUUGCUACCCUUGACAACGCAGCAUAUACUCCACCUUCCUCCGGCUCUCCUCGACCCCUUCACUCUGCACGAUCAAAUCCUCCUCCGACCGCCUCCAACCCCGUAAGCUCGCGAUCCGAGAAGCGCAUGUCCAGGCAAAUCAUGAACUCCGACCUCAGCAGCUAUGCAUACGGUGCCAAACCUCCCUCGCGUCCUGGCUCUCCUCUUGUUGACCAAGAGACCCGGAGCCUUCGCUCGCAACGUCAAGGUGGAAUGAACAGCCCCAAGGAGCUUGGUAACAAGACAUAUGGCGCACAUCCCCUCAGCGCUUCCAGCAGCGCUGUCAACAUCACUUCACAGUACUCUCGUAAUCAACGCACCACACCUACCGAGACACCUCAAACGGCCCGCUUCGCUCACCAUGUUCGCGCCAGUCCUAGUGUAGAUAGCGCUACGAACAGCGCCAUCCUGCCACAUGACAAGGCUCUCGUGCGUGUCAUCUACGAUGGCGGACGAACCUCGGUCGUGAACAUCGAAGGCUGCAAGACUGCUGAAGAGGUGAUGCUCAAGACUCUUACCAAAGGUCAUCUCAACACUGCUCAUGUUAAGAACUACUGCUUCUACAUCCUCAACAGCGGAGAGCCGGACCCCUCGCUAUCUGAACGCUUGAGUGACAUCGAGCUUUUCAGGCUUGUCAAGGAUGCGAAUCGACAUGAAAGGGGUCGGUUAAUACUCCGCAAGGUCCAUGCUGGAGAGCCCGACGAGGAUCAACUGAAGGCUGCUGCCGGCAUCUACCAACAACAGAACUUCCAGCAAAACUCCACCGUCUACGUACCAUCCAGCAACCGCAGCCAGAUCAAAAUCGAGAAGCUGACGGGUGAAUCCCUCGCUGCUGUCAGCUACCCUCUGUCGCCAACGUCUGCAAGGGAACGAGAACGCCACAUCAACUCGACAGCUCAAAAUCUGGAGGGGCCUGCCGACCCUUCGAGGUCGCCCAUCUUCCAUGCUCGUGCCCGAAAGCUUAAGCAGUUCUACGGUGCUCGACCUCCCAGCGAACUCAUCACAUCUGACCUGACCUCCUACUUCCCUGACGUCGGAAAAGAUGAGAUUGACAAGACCGUCCGCAUGUCGAUACGUCGUUCUCACCGACUCAGCCGCGCGGCUUCGCGUCUCUCAAUGGCAUCCAAUUUCAGUGUUGCCUCUAGCUUGAAGGAUGCACCACCACUGCCGUCCAUCGCCGACACUUGGCUCCAGGGAGGUGCCCAAGCCCGACCACUUCGCCCACUCUCAGUCAUGAGGUUGGGUCUACCUAAUCAAUCUGGUUACCGUGAUUCUAUGGCAUCUUCUGUCUUGGAACCUCUGGAUGAAGAGUCACCCCUCGAGCCAAACCGAAAGUCAUACGUCUCGUUUGGUGGUGACAGUGGCUCGGAUACUCUUGCCAUCACAGAUCCCGACGGCAACACCACUCUGCAAUCCUACUUCGACGACGGCGGUAGCAGCCUUGCAGGUAGCAGUAGCAGCAACACUGAAAACGGUGAUUCACUUAACAAGCGCCUUUCUGAAGCCAUAGCUGAGGAUGGCGAAGAGUCAGAUGACGAAUUGGCCGAGUAUCUGGAACAAGACUCCUGGGACAACGUCAAGUACAUGAAGGGCGCUCUCAUCGGACAGGGUUCUUUCGGAAGUGUCUACCUUGCGCUGCAUGCCGUUACUGGUGAGCUCAUGGCCGUCAAGCAAGUCGAGCUUCCUUCGGUAGCCGGUGCUUCCCAGAUGGAUCAUAAGAAGACGAACAUGGUCGAAGCUUUGAAACACGAGAUCGGCCUCCUUCGGGAGCUCAAGCACAAGAACAUUGUGCAGUACCUUGGCUCCAACUCCGACGAGAGCCACCUUAACAUUUUCCUCGAAUACGUUCCGGGUGGUUCCGUGGCGACCAUGCUGGUCAACUACGGUCCCCUCGGCGAGUCUCUUAUUCAGAACUUCGUACGCCAGAUUCUCACUGGUCUUUCUUACCUCCAUUCACGAGACAUCAUCCACCGAGAUAUCAAGGGCGCAAACAUCCUUGUCGAUAACAAGGGCUCAGUCAAGAUCUCCGAUUUCGGUAUCUCUAAGCGUAUUGAAGCCUCGACAUUAGGCGGUGGUAAGAAGGGAGCCCAGCGUGUCUCCCUUCAAGGUUCCGUCUUCUGGAUGGCACCAGAAGUCGUUCGACAAACAGCCUACACCCGCAAAGCCGAUAUCUGGUCGCUCGGCUGCCUCGUAGUAGAGAUGUUUACUGGCAGCCACCCGCAUCCCAACUGCACUCAACUCCAAGCCAUCUUCAAGAUUGGUGGCAGUGGCGAUGCCAGCCCUACAAUUCCUGAUAACGCUGGCGACGAUGCUCGAACAUUCUUGGCGCAGACCUUCCUCAUCGACCACGAGAAGCGUCCUAGUGCCGACGAGCUUCUAGCCAGUCAUUUCAUAACUAACCAGGGUGCAUAA